GAUUGGAUAUCGUCAGUGAAUGAGCAGUGAGUAGCACGUCUGACUUUGAAAGCGUCUCAUGUGAGUGUCGGUCUGAUCUGAUCUCAGCCCGAGCUCUGAGCCCUUUAAUAUCACACAGACUCACUGUAAACGAGGACCUCAGGAGCCACGAGAGCGACCGAACCGCGCAGAUUUGCUGCCAUGUCUGUGAAACGAGAGGAUGUCCUGAAAGAUGAACAUCUGAUCAAAGAUAUAGAGGAGAUCGCUAAAGACACUGCACUUCUACACGGGGUGUUGAUGCGCACCAAAGAGACCCCAAACUCUCCUGACGUGGUGAGUUAUGCACCGUUCACGUUGUUUCCCACGCCGGUGCCCACAGCUCUGUUUCAGCAGGCUCUGGCAGUACAGACACAUUUCAACCGCUUGGUGGACCGGGUCAGCCAGAAUCACUCCUUCCUAGAGGAAACUCUGGCCAGCACCAUCAGAGUUGACAGUUUUACAGCAAGACUUUUCAACAUAUACAAACAAGUUCAACAGGAACCUCGGCCCCAGUCAAUAGUGCUGGGCUUGAAUCGCUCAGACUACAUGCUGGACCGGAGUCCAGACGGUGGGACGUCUCUAAAGCAGAUUGAAAUCAACACUAUUGCUGCAAGUUUUGGCGGUCUUGCUUCACGGACACCGGAUGUCCAUCGGCACAUUCUGAAGGUGGCAAACCUGCCCGAGGAGUCUCGUAAUGUGCUGGACAACAACCCAGCAGCAGGUCUGGCCAGGGGUUUGGCCCAGGCCUGGGAGCUCUAUGGAUCUGAAAGGGCAGUGGUCAUGUUUCUGAUUGAAGACGUUCAGAGGAAUAUUUAUGACCAUCGAUAUGUAGAGAAUGAGCUGUGGAAAAGAAAUAUUCCUGUAAUAAGAAGACAGUUUGAAGAUGUUUGCAGAACUGGAUCCCUAGAUGAGAGCAGGAGGCUCUUUGUAGAUGGUCGUGAGAUCGCCAUUGUCUACUUCCGUAAUGGAUACAUGCCCCAAAACUACACCUCAGAGAAGAGCUGGGAGGCCCGUCUGAUGAUGGAGCGCUCUCUGGCUGUCAAGUGUCCCGACAUCAGUACCCAUCUCGCCGGGACUAAGAAGGUGCAGCAGGAAUUGGCCCGGCCAGGGGUUCUGGAGCGCUUCUUCCCUGACGAACCUGAAACAAUUGCUCAGAUUCGGGCCACCUUCGCUGGACUGUACACCCUGGACAUGGGAGAAGAAGGUGAUAAAACCGUAGCAAUGGCUAUGGCCAAACCUGAUCAGUACGUGCUGAAACCUCAGAGGGAGGGAGGUGGUAACAACAUUUACGGCAGUGAGAUCUGUGAAGUGCUGGAGAACCUGAAGAACUCCACCGAGAGGACGGCUUACAUCCUGAUGGACAAGAUCCAGCCCGUCCCGGUCCAGAACUACCUGCUCAGGCCCGGAGCUCCUCUGAGACUGAACUCCUGUCUGAGUGAGCUGGGCAUAUUUGGGGCGUAUGUCAGGAAAGGCAAAGACACGGUGUUGAAUGAGUGCGCGGGCCACCUGCUGAGGACCAAGAGCUCAGAGCAUGCUGACGGGGGCGUGGCUGCAGGAGUAGCAGUACUGGACAACCCACUGCUGGUGUGAACUACAGCACCACCUACUGGAGCGGAGGACGAUGACACACGGCUGACAGCAGGGCAAUGGGAUUCAUUUUUUACCUGGCAUCUGUUUUAUCAAAGGUUUAGUGUGUUGAGUAAUCUAUGGGGAACACUUAUGACUGAAAUGCUCGUUCGUGCACAUGUUUUAAACCUCAUUCAAUCUGUUGAAGUGUGUGAGAAGUAGCCAUUGACGUUUUAUAAAAUCGAUUUUUUAUUACA